UGGAUUAAUCUCCACUAUGACUUGUGUUUGUUUAUGCUUUUGCGACUUGAAUAACGAAUGGGUUAACCAAUGACAAAGUAGCAUAGAACCCAGCGUCUCCUCCCCCAUCCAAUCACCCUCACUUCCUCUUUUACUAUGUUUGGGUCAACCUCGUGUCCCCUCCAUUCACACGCCGUCCCACAGGCUCUCAGCCCCAGCUCUUCCAGACCGGCGCGUCCCGUCGCGCGCAGCGCAGUGCUCCAACGGCGGCGAGGCGCGCUCCGGGGUCCGAACGCCAGGUUCCGCAGCUCGGGACUCACGCUCCAACUUUGCGACUCAAUGUGUUUCACGUGCGGGUGACGGAAGAUCGGUGACAGCCAGUGACGAGGGAGUUGGAUCGAGGACGAGUCGCGCUUCCUCCGCCUUCGAUCGGUUGGAGCCAGGUGCCACGGCGGAGGCUCGCCCCGUGGCUCCACGAGCCGGCAGAUUCAUUACAGAUUCCUUCAGCCGUCACUUUUGAUGUCACCGAUUAAUCUCUGAACUGCAGCAAGUCCCCCCCCCCCCCCCCACCCCUCCCCGUCCAAACUUGAACCGGCGGAUCCCGCAGCUGAGGAUGGGUUCGCAGAGCAGCGCGGCUCCGCAGCGACAGACGCUCCUGUGGUUCAUUGUCGCGGCUCAGUGCGCGUCGGCCCUGGGGUGUGGACCACACUAUGAAAACGCCAUUGAGGAGUUCUGCCUGGCCAAAUUCAGACUGGACAUGCAGGAGCUGGAGCAGAGACACUGGUGCAGCUGGGAGGACACGGUGGAGCUCUACGGCGAGCUGACCAACUGCACGUACCUCGUGGCGACGAAGAUGGACUGCUUCUGGCCCAACAGGCUGGUGGACGAGUUCUUCAUCCGGGUCCACAGACACUACUUCCGCGACUGCUCCCUGUCCGGGCGGCUGCUCAGGGACCCUCCCAACCGCAUCCUGGGCCCCUUCAUCGUGGUGCCCAUCCUCGUCACCCUGCUGAUGACGGCGCUGGUGGUGUGGCGGAGCAAGCGCAGCGAGGGGAUCGUGUAGCGGAGCCGGGUCACGAGGCUCGUUGGGAGGAACCGUUUCUGUCCUUUUCCACGCUCUGUGACCAAAGGAGCUCAUUUCCUGAGUGUUAGUGUUUGGGGGAGAGGUUCUAAUACAAGCAGAACUGCUCUGUUCGAUACCUGGAGGACAAGUGAGUGAUAUAAAUGAUGAGCAGAAGGACGCUGGACUGCUCACCUGAGCUGCAGACAUUUAAGGACCAUAGGGGAGUUUGAGCUUAAUGCUUCUAUAUUUACGGUGCAGUGAUUUUCAGCUAAAUAAGGAAAUAAAUCAUCAUCUAUUCAUCACCAGAACUCGAUUCAUGCACCCUGGGAGAUCAGGGUGUGUCUAUAAUACACUGUAAAUAUACACAGUAUGUACAAAAUGCAGUAAGCACAGUGAUCUGUCAGUGGAUUGUCAGAUGUCCUUUGCACUACAAUCAGGCCAACACUUGAUAGCUCACGAAUUCAAUUUUCUUCUCCAGUGUAAAGUCUUUAGUUCCGGUGUGAUUCAAAGAUCUCCGAUUUAACCGUGUGUGUUUAUUUACAUUUUAAUUAAAAGCUGCAUCGCUGACGAGGCUUUACAGGGAAAAGGCUCAGCCUCCGUACGUCACCCUCACGAGACGCGGCCGCAGAGAACGAGGGAAGCGGCGGCGGCGAGCGUCACCGGAGCCGCGGCGCUGCACGCGGGCGGACACGCGUGACGGACGCGCGGAGGGGGAGGCUGAGGGGUCGAGGCCCCAAUUUAGAGCGUCUGCGCCGGUGUUUGUUACUGCGCUCUUUACGAUGCGUGUCACCAAGGAAACCGAAAUGAGGACGCAGCCGUGGAGCCGCUCGACAGCGAGAGAUUUGAAGCCAACGCACGCUUCAAAGUCUGGAAACUGCAGUCAAUUAACCAAAAAGGCGCAGAUUGUUUUUAUUUUAUCUUCUUUGCUGUUUGAUUUGCACUGAUUGGCAUUUAGUCAUAUACAGUAUGUAAAAAGAGACACCAAUCACGAGUCUAAUCUAAAAAGAAGGAUGAAAGUAUUUACGCAAAAUUGAAUAAAGGUUCACUAACACACAAACACACAAACACACAAACACGGAACGGUCCUGGUCCUGAAGCCGCUGUGUGUUGGACCUCGGGAUUCUAUUGAUAUGUGAUCUCACAGCGUGGUAAACUGCGCCAUGUGACCUGUUCAUACCUCAUUGAUAUUUUUGAAUCCUCGCCUUCCUUUAUAGAUUCAUUGACCUGUAACCUGCCUGUCAGCAAAACACACACGGAAACGCGCCCACGCGUCCUCGCCACGUGAUCUCACUUUGUUCUUUGUGCCAAAAGCUUCUGGAAAAUGGAGGAGAACGUUUGCUAUGAAGUGUUGUUUUUGUUUGUUUGUUUGUUUGUUUGUUUGCUUUCUCGGUGGCAUGGCCUUUAAUUUAAAAUCAUUAAACACUGUAACCAUUAAAGGAAACUCAAAGAAACAGAGAUGUGGUUCAUGCUUCAGUCAGAGUCAGGCUGUUUGUAUACGCUGAUCAUCCAAUUCAAGUCCCUGCGUCAGUUGCUUAAAGUGAGAAAUAUAUACUAAUAACUGAUAUAUUUAGUGAAGCAUAAAUAAAGAUUGAGACAAAUAUUUUGCUGGAAACUGCAAUAGGUUUGUGCAUCUCAACAGAUGAGGUCCUCGAAGUUGUUACAUAAUAUUUUAGAGUGUGAUUAAAAAAAAUUGAGAAAAGGCAGUUUAAAGAAAAAACGAUUACACGGAACCAAUUCAAGUGUGACGUCAUCACCCGAGACAAAUUCAAAUCUAAGGUGGAGUCAUUUAAAACAAGCUACUGAUGAAUCCUGGUCAGUCCAGGCGUUUAGGCAUAUCUGCACAGUGCACGGGCUAAAUAAUGAAUUAUUGAACGUGUGUGGUUAUGCAAGGCCCGUCAGACUCGGCCUAUUCAUAUUUUAUCGCUCUGGGAUUCUGGGAAGUCUCGGGACACGUGUUCACGCAGUCGGGCGUCACUGCAGCCGAGUCCGAGUCACAGUCUGGCACUUUGUGGACGGGUCGAUCGGGGCAGACGUGGCCUCGCAAGGAUUUAUGUGAGAGAGGAGGGAACUUCAAGCAGUGGAUUAAAUACGGCGUAACGCUGCACUACCUGCACGGAGCGUUAACGAGCGCCUUGUUUCAACCCACCGGAGACAAUCGCGCUCAUCGCACAAUCACAUUUAACAGCACGGCGUUUCAGACUCAGGUGAUUUCAGGGGCUUCAGAUGACGGCUGCGCUGCUGUUCGUUUGUCGACUUUUCGUUCAUUUGUCGAUUUCUCAUUCGUUACACAUUGUUUGUUUGCUGUGCCAAAAGAGAGUGAAUUUACACUCCUUGAAGUCAUUUUCCCACACUGGCAUCUAAAUUCCUCCUGAACCACGUCUGUACAUGUAAAUGUUUAACCCAAGAGUGUGACUUUAUGUUGAGGAUUUAAUGCACAAAGCAUCUCACAGUGUCUGUGCCCCACUCUCACCUUUUGACUUAUAAAUAAAAGAUGCUUUCAGUCCUCUUUGAUUAUUGAAAAAAAAAAAAAAACGUAAAUAACAAA